GGCAUGGACUUUGACGAGGCCAUUCGGGCAGUGCUGCUGGGGUUCAGGCUGCCAGGCGAGGCGCAGAAGAUCGAUCGCAUCAUGGAGAAGUUUGCCGAGCGCUACUGCCGCUGCAACCCCAAGGCGUUCACAAGCGCCGAUACUGCCUAUGUGCUCGCGUACUCGGUCAUUAUGCUCAACACGGACGCUCAUAACCCAGGCGUCAAGACUAAGAUGAGCAAAGCCGACUUCCUGAAGAACAACCGCGGAAUCGACGACGGGAAGGACAUCCCAGAGGAGUUUCUGGGCGGGCUGUACGACCGCAUCACACGGAACGAGAUCAAGAUGAAGCCGGAGAUCCUGGGGCCGGGAGGAGUGGUGUCCAAGGCUGCAGUGAGCAGCGCAGCAGGGAACGCGCUGCUGGGGCUGGAGAGCAUUCUGAAUCUCAUGUCGGGACGCACGAGGGCGACUACAGAGCUGGAGACUAGUGAUGAAGUGGUGAAGCACAUGCAGGAGCAGUUCCGCGCCAAGGCGGGCAAGUCAGGAUCCGUCUAUUAUGCAGCCUCAGACGUGCAGAUCAUCCGCCCCAUGGUGGACGUGGUGUGGGCGCCCAUGCUAGCCGCCUUCUCCGUGCCCCUGGAAACCACAGAGGAGGAGGCUGUCACGGAGCAGUGCCUGGAGGGGUUCCGAUACGCCGUACACGUGACAGCUGUCAUUGGCAUGCAGAUGCAACGCGAUGCGUUUGUGACGUCUCUGGCCAAGUUCACGUCGCUGCACUCUGCAGCAGACAUCAAGCAGAAGAACGUGGACGCCAUCAAGUCCCUCCUGCUAGUAGCAGAGGACGAUGGCAACUACCUGCAGGACGCGUGGGAGCACGUGCUAACCUGCGUGUCGCGCUACGAGCACCUCCACCUCAUCGGCGAGGGCGCCCCCACCGACUCCCACUUCUUCUCUGCCGCUCCGCAGCUCCCCCCGCUCACCCAGCAGCAGCGCCCUCAGCCCCUGGACCCGCAGGGGAAGAGGGGCGGGGGGAGGGGGGUGGCCGCGUCGGUGUAUGGGGCUGGAGAGGGGCGUGGGGCGGUUGGGGGGCAGAGGGAGAUGGGUGCGGGGGCGCAGAGGGGGAGUGCGGGGGAUGCUGGGACUCCGCGGGGGCAGGCGAAGAGGUUUGGCGAGGGAGGCGAGGCUCCCGCGUGGAAGAAUGUAUCCGGGAAGCUGAAUCAGGUGGAGAAGCUCGUGAGGCGGGGGUCAUACGACCCGCAGGGAAUGAUCGCCGGAGGACCCACAGGGGUGGGCGUGGGCGUGUCCCUCUCGCACCUCUCCGCCGACCAGGUGCAGCUGCUGGUGGCUAACCUGGGUCUGCUGGAGCAGGUGGGCUCGGACGAGGUCUCGCGCCUCUUCUCCCGCAGCGAGCGCCUCAACGGGCAGGCAAUAGUGGAGUUUGUGAAAGCCCUCUGCAAGGUGUCACUUGAGGAGCUGCGCUCGCCCACAGAACCCAGAGUCUUCUCCUUGACCAAGAUCGUCGAGAUUGCCCAUUUCAACAUGAGCCGCAUUCGGCUCGUCUGGUCGCGGAUCUGGGCCGUUCUUGCAGACUACUUUGUAACGGUGGGAUGCAUGCCGAACCUCUCAGUGGCCAUGUAUGCCAUCGACAGCCUGCGCCAGCUCGCCAUGAAGUUCCUGGAGCGAGAGGAGCUGAGCAACUACAACUUCCAGAACGAGUUCCUCAAGCCGUUUGUGGUGGUCAUGCGGCGCACUGCGAGUGUGGAGAUCCGGGAGCUGAUUAUUCGCUGCGUGUCGCAGAUGGUGUUUGCGCGCGUGGGGAACGUGAAAUCCGGCUGGAAAAUCAUGUUCAUGGUGUUCACCACAGCAGCAACGGACGACAACAAGAACAUCGUCCUUCUCGCAUUCGAGACAAUCGAGAAGGUCGUGCGGGAGUACUUCCCCUACAUCACCGAGACCGAAACCACCACCUUCACAGACUGCGUCAACUGCCUCAUCGCCUUCACCAACUCGCGCUUCAAUAAAGAUGUCUCCCUUAACGCCAUAGCGUUCCUGCGCUUCUGCGCUCUUAAACUCGCCGAGGGGGACCUGGGGGCGAGUGCCCUGGAGAGGGAGAAGGGGCUGAGCCCCUCUCAGGUGUCGCACCUGCCGGGGCAUCCCGAUGGGGAGGAAUUCACAGAUAAGGACGAUCAUCUCUACUUCUGGUUCCCCCUGCUCGCUGGUCUGUCGGAGCUCACCUUUGACCCUCGUCCCGACAUUAGAAAGAGCGCCCUCGAAGUCCUCUUCGACACUCUCCGAUUCCACGGCCACAUGUUCUCCGCCGCCCUCUGGGAGCGCGUCUUCGAGUCCGUCCUCUUCCCCAUCUUCGACUACGUUCGCCGCGCCUCCGAACCCCAGCAUGGGGAGCCUGGCGGGAUGGUCCUGGGGGCUAAGAGAGGCGGCGGAGGAGGAGGGGAAGGAGGGGGGAAGGCGCAUACAGGAGGGGUAGCUGGAGGGGGGAGAGGGGGAGAGGUGGGAGGGGGAGGUGAUGUGCCGAUUCACAAGCAUUCGCACCAUAAGGGCGCGCCGCUGUCCCGCCACCCGUCCACGUCAGAAGACGAGCGGCUCCGGGUGGCGAGGAGCGGGAGUCCCGAUCCUGUUUCUGAACUCGAGAUGGAUGCAUGGCUGUAUGAGACUUGCACUUUAGCGCUUCAGCUUGUAGUGGAUCUCUUUGUGAAGUUUUACAGUAAAGUGAGUCCGCUUCUAGGGAAGAUUCUCGCGCUGCUGACCUCGUUCAUUCGCCGGCCGCACCAGAGCCUAGCAGCGAUUGGCGUGGCGGCGUUUGUGAGGCUCAUGAGCAACGCAGGCGGCCUGUUUUCCGAGGAGAAGUGGGAUGAGGUGCUAACAGCCCUUAAGGAAACGACAGGGACGACCCUGCCGGAUCUGGCUGGUGUGGUGAAGGCUGCAGAUUUGGAGGAUGAGGAGGAGAGGGAGAUGGAGCGGCAGCAGCAGAUUAAGGAAGCCAGGAGGUUUGAUUUCACGAGGGAUGAGGACGAGGAGGAGCAGAAGCAGCAGCAUCAGCAGCUGGCUGCUGCGGUUGCAGAGGCGGUUGGUGCUGCUGCAGGGGGUGGCAGUGGCGGUGGUGCAGGGGGUGUGGAUGGAGGAGAGGAAGGGGGAGUGGAGGUUACGAGACCGAUGUCGCUGGCAGAAGCUGUGGCGGAUGUGCGGUGCAAGAUUGCAGUGCAGCUGCUGCUCGUGCAGGCAAUGACUGAGAUAUUCAGCAUGCACGGCUCAGCCCUGUCCGCCCCGCACACCCUCAUCCUCCUCGACUCGCUCCACCGAGUCGGCACGCACGCGCACGCCAUCAACUCAGACCGUCUCCUGCGCUCGCGCCUGCAAGCCCUCCACCUGGCGACUCAGAUGCCCGACCCGCCUCUGCUGAGGCUAGAGAGUGAGGCACUGCACGCGUACCUCAGCCUGCUGCAACGCCUGCCACGGGAGAAGGCACAGCUGGCCAAGGAAGUAGACGUGGAGCUCAGGCUUGUCAUCCUCUGUGAAGAAGUCCUUCGGGUGUAUGUCGGAACGUCUCAGGGCAAGCUAGCUCUCAUGACCGAGGACCCAAGAGGUGCAGAUGCCCCACCCCUCCCUCCCAUUCCUCUCGCCGUACCUCUCGGCUCGGCUCGGCGCCGGGAGCUGGUGGCUCGGGCGCCGCUGGUGGUGGCCACGCUGCAGGCGGUUACCGCAUUGAAGGACGCAGCGUUUAAGAAGCACCUGGCGCGAUUCUUCCCGUUGCUUGCGGAUUUGGUUAGCAGCGAGCAUGGAUCGCCAGAGAUUCAGGUAGCUUUGAGCAAGAUGUUUUCAUCAAGGAUUGGACCCAUCGUUUUUUCUGUAGCAGAGUGA